UCACCAUCCACGUUCACCAUUUAUUCAAACAACAUGGACAUCCAAGAACGAAAUAUCAGGAGCUGUGGAGAGAAUAUAGUAGACAUGGUAGACAUGGUUGACAUGGACGAGGAAAACUUUGCUAUUUCCAGUUCCUCAGCAGCAGACACAGCUUUCGAUGCAGUUAUUGGCUGCAUAGAGGACAUCAUUAUGGAGGAGGAGUUCCAGCAGCUUCAGCAGAGCUUCAUGGAGAAAUACUACAUGGAAUUUGAUGACUCUGACGAGAACAAACUGAGCUACACGGCCAUUUUCAAUGAAUAUGUUGACCUGCUGGAGAAACAUCUGGAGCAGCAGCUGAUGAGGAGGAUCCCUGGUUUCAACAUGAACACCUUCAUAGAGCUGCUCAUGCAACACAAAGAGGAGGUGCCCUGUGACAUCUUUGACAUGCUGCUGACAUUCACCGACUUCAUGGCCUUCAAGGAAAUGUUUCUAGAAUACAGAGCUGAGAAAGAGGGUCGAGGUCUGGAUCUGAGCCAGGGACUGGUGGUCACCUCUCUGAUCCCCACAGACUCCAAACGCACCACUGAGUCGUAGUGACACUCACAUGAUUGAAAGGUCCAACUCUUGAAUUGCCUCUUUCUCCAUGUGUUCGCGUAAAAUCUUUCCCACAGGCCUGCAGAAACUUCAGCUUGUGGCCAGUGUGAGUUUUUUACUAUGCUGGUUGCACACCAUGUAGAUCAAUAGUCUAUAUGCAUUCUUCUGUAUGUAGUGGGUAGUUAAAGAAUGAAAGACGGAUGGUUUUGCCUUCUUUCUACUCUCCAAACAUUGCACUAGGCAUACAAUACUUGAAA